AUGAAGCAGGAACAAUUGACUCAUCUCUUUAGCAAUUACUUUGACUACGUUGAUGUUUCGCCAGAACUCAAGUUUGCUCUCUUGUCGAUUCUGUUUAACCCUAUUUUCUGGAAUAUUGUGGCCAGAUUCGAGCACAAAACUCAUUUCUUGACCAAAAUCGCUGGUGGGGCUUACAGAGGAUGUUACAUCUUGGCAGCUAUCAUUUUCUCCUUAGGAAUCUACAGAGAUCAUGUCUACCAUGAUGCAUUGCUUCAACAGCCAACUUAUGAGCCCAUGGUGGAGUCUCAAAUUGUCAAGUCACUUGCAAUUUUGUCGUUUGGUGUAGGUAAUGUGCUUGUUUUGUCGUCAAUGUGGGCUUUAGGUGUCACAGGUACCUACUUGGGAGAUUACUUUGGAAUUUUGAUGAAGGAAAGAGUGACUUCUUUCCCAUUCAAUGUCAACGACAAUCCCAUGUACAACGGAUCCACCUUGUGCUUCUUGGGUACUGCAUUGUGGUACGGAAAGCCAACUGGAUUGUUGGUGACGGCAUUUGUCUUUGUCAUGUACAAAAUUGCUUUGCUUUUCGAGGAGCCCUACACUGCCAAGAUCUACGCCCAAAGAGACUACUCUGCGUAG